AUGCGCGACUUGCUAUCUUCAUUAAUCUUCACACCUCUGGCCAGUAACACGCCGCCUCUGGACGUCUCGGACUUGACAUCGUCCCUCCUCACCUCAUAUCCGCGCCCAGAGGCACCAUGGCGCGACCCAUACUAUCCCAUAUAUGGCCACAGCCCGCUGCGAGCCGAAUACAAAGUGCCUAAUGCAUGGCCAGACGAGCGCAAUGGUGAGGCGACAAGCCCCUCGAUGCAUCGCGACUUCUCCACACCACUCUCACAAGGGCCAACGUCGUCCUCAGCCAGCCGCGACAGCUUGACAGAUGAGCCUUGCGAAUCGCUUGAAGUCGAGCAGGGUGGUUCAGGCUAUCGAGGUCCAGCGGCCAAUCUGGUGGCCAGCAGACUACCGCAGGUAGAGGCCGAUAAGAUGGCCCGGCGUCGUGAGAAUGAAGCAAUCUCCCGCAUACGAGAUAUUGUAGACAAGAAGCGACGAUGGGAUGAUCGCAUGUCUGUCUUGUUGGGUGGGAAAAUGCUGGCUAAUGCCAUCAAUCGACAUCUGGGAGCUACAGAGGUGAAAUACCCACCCGAAGAUGAGGACACAAUGGGAAAAGGGACAAUUGGUACAAAUGGGCACCGAAGAAUGACCGAAUUUCUGCACAACAACGAGAAGAAGAGGAAACGAAGUGUUGAAGACAUUGGAGAUGAGAUCAUGGAUGAUAAACGUGCCAAGAGGACGCGGACAGUGCCUCGGGGCAUAUUGAAGAUGCAUACAGAGAAGAAAGAUCGGCUAUUAGCCAGCACACAUACCGGAUGA